AUGGCAAUCGGCAAGAACAAGCGCAUGAGCAAGGGCAAGAAGGGAGGGAAGAAGAAAAUUGGGGACCCUUUCCUCAAGAAGGAGUGGUAUGAUCUGAAGGCUCCAUCUCUCUUUCAGCAGCGCAGUUUCGGCAAGACUCUUGUAACGAAAUCUGCUGGGACCAAGUUGGCUGUGGAUUCUCUUCGCGGACGCGUGUACGAAGUGAACCUUGCAGACCUAAAUCUCGAUGAAGAUCAAGGUUUCAGAAAGAUCAAGCUACAGUGCGAAGAGAUCCAGGGACGAAACUGCCUGACAGACUUCCACGGCAUGAAUAUUACGAGGGAUAAGCUGUGCUCUCUCAUACGCAAAUGGCAUUCGCUCAUCGAAGCUUUCGUAGAUGUUCAAACAGUUGAUGGGUACACACUCCGCAUGUUUUGCAUUGCCUUCACCGAACGCCGACCCAAUCAAAUCAAGAGCACGUGCUAUGCGAGAUCUUCUCAAAUCCGUGCAAUCCGCAAGAAGAUGGUGAGCAUAAUGGCUGCGGAGGCUUCCAAAUGCCAGCUUCGAGAUCUGGUUAAAAAGUUUAUCCCUGAGUCGAUCGGCAAGAGCAUCGAAGCCGCCUGCCGAAGUAUCUUCCCCCUUCAGAACGUCCUCAUACGCAAAGUGAAGGUCAUCAAGAAGCCUAAGUUCGAUCUUACCAAGCUCAUGGAACUUCAUGGUGAGACAAGUGAAGACGUGGGUAAGAAGGUUGCCACGGAAUCGGCUGCCGCACAGAAUACCCUAAGCGCCGAGGUCAAGGCCUAA